UCACUCGCAUCAGCAGUGAAGCAAAACCCAGACACACAAAAGCUAGUGCACUCCAGCAGUGCAUUCUCUGCGAGAAAGGAAACAAGAGAAAGCCAAGGCUGGAUUUUUCCCCAUUCUCGGAAAACCUAGGCAACAGAAUCCUUAAGACAGGAUGCUCUCAUCUACGAAUCUAGGUAAAAGAUAACAAAGAGGCCUCAUUGUUAACAUCCCUGUGGAAGAGAACAACAAGUGUCAAAACCAUGGGAACUUGGUCCAAAUAGUCUGCAGGGGGGAAAUUUUCAGCCACAGACCAUGAAGAAAACUACUUGCUCAAAAAGGAUACCGAAAACCUAGCCAUUAUUUUCUCCCAUACAAUUGAAGAAGACUGAGAAACGGAUGAACAAAGCCUCUGAAGGACAAAGGACAAAAACGAUGACUGAAGUGUCUAAAAAAACAGAAUACCAGUGGCUUGUGAUCAUCUGAGAUCCGCUUGUUGGAACUUCUUGGGUCUCCUGAACCCUAAAGCCAUCGCUAUUUCAAGUGAAAUAUUCCGAAGACAAAGGGUAUCACAAUGGGAGUCGUAGUACAAAAUGUAACUGGAAGCACAGCCCUGGUAAUCUGGCCCAAAAUGGCGAGCUGCACUGACAGCUUUUACAGCAUAAUGUACAAUCCCAACUGGGACAAAAUGCUGACAGGCUAUACCAGAAAAUAUUUUCAGAAAGAGGAAAGAGUGCCAGCCAGUCGUUCUUCAUUUGUCAUUGAGAACUUGAUUCCGUUAACAACGUAUAUUCUGUGUGUAACAUGCCAGUCUGCAAACCCAUCCAGCGACCAAUGCAGAAUUUUUAACACUCUCAAACAAGACCCAGCAUCCACAAGUAACAAAAAGAAAGAGCUGGCAGUGGGCAUAUGGCUAACCAGCUCAGUUCUGCUUCUUAUCAUCGUUGGUAUACUCGUAUAUGGUUGUAUGCAUCUAUGGUGGCGCAGAAGAAGAGAGGGUUCAGAGGGACAGAGCAUUACAACAGAGAACAAGGGAGAGGCAUGGGGAAAAAGUGAAUCAUGCAGUUCAGAAGAGUUCAACAAGCAGGUCCAGUCUGCCCAAGGAGUUGAGAUUAGAAAUGCAGAUGGUGUCCAACUGGCCACCAUAAUUGAAAAUCCUUUAACAUCCAAGAAGUCCAUCAUGUUGGGUUCCAAAAGCCAGGAUUUUGUGCCUAUGUCUGUACAUCAGUCUGCCACAAGUUAAGUGUCCCAAACUGGGUCAUGCCACUGUAUAUGUUUUACAGAGCACAAUGUGUAUAUUUGUACCUAUUUGAGGAUUGUUCAAGAAAGCUCUGCUGUACCCCAUCACAUUCCUAAAUCUCAACCUCUUAAAGCACAGUCAUUCUAAAACAGCACAUCUACAUUUUGUUAGAGAAAAAACAAUGCAUAGGGGAGAAAUCGAAUAGUCUCCUUUAUUUUUCUAGGAUAGUAUGUUGGGGGCGGGGCGAGGGGGGGUGAGACAAGUUAAUGGCUCCGAUCCAAAGAGCUAUGGCAUGCCUGAUGGCUUUGUACACACUCCGUGGGAUUUCUAAAUUGUGUCUUUGAACAGUAAAUCACCACAUCAAAACCUGCCUUCGAAACUUUCCUUGGGUUCAAAAGUGGUUUAUCAUGUACCAUGGGGAGCUGCUGUUCAAGAAACAUGAAUCCAAAGCUCCCACUAGAGACACAAAACCAUUUCUUUGGAUCUUGGCCAGAACAUAAAUUGGAGCAACUAUGUAAGCCGUUUCAAAUCCCCGCUGGUACUAUAUCAGGCAGCAGCGAUAUAGAAAGAUGCUGAAAGGUAUCAUCUCAUACUGCGCGGGAGGCGGCAAUGGUAAACCCCUCCUAUAUUCUACCAAAGAAAACCAGAGUGCUCUGUGGGCACCAGUAAGUCAAAAUUGACUUGACAGCACACUUUACUUUAUUUAAGCAAACAAGUGUGUGUGGGGGGAGGCGGGGGGGACAACAAACUAAAACCUAUGAAACGGUGUCUUCACUGUUUUAAGGCUGCAGUCAUCUCCAAAAUUCACUGCAUUCCAAUAGAUAAGAAGGGUAAUUGGACUAAGGAGGUGGGGAAGGAAAAAAGGAUUAUCCUGGUUUUAAACACUGCCCAUCUUCAAUUCUUAGAUCUGUGUAGAAAGUUUCUCUCUCAGCUCCAUAGCGAUUAGUGGUACCAUUUAUGAAGUUACGGUCUUUUGAUUAAAGCUGCCAGUUCUAUUGUGAUGCUAUAUGUGUACUUUAUUAAAUGGCUGUGGAAUAAUAUGUAUUGUUCAAGUGAAUAUGCCUUUGCCCAGCUAUAAGGAAACAUGUAUAGCUGCCAAACUGGUCACUGCUGUAAUUUCCAAUUGCUUUUCCUGAAAUUCAGUUAUCUAGCUGUCCAUCUAGCUGGCUGUUGUGAUAAUGUAUUGCCUAAGUCUCAAAACAGGCAAAUCUACCCUCUUUAGUUCACACUACAGUGCGCAAGAAAUUCAUUACAUAUUCCAGUUUUUAUUACUGUAGCUUAGAGUCAUAUGUGGAUUUUCUAAAAGGCUGUAAAUAUCAGAUACACAUUACUGAAUUCAGGUGCCACACAACUGUGUGCCAAAUAAAUGCUGAGCUCUUUUCCCUUUGGGAACUAUUCACUCACUGAACCCUUGAACCAGGUGUGGUUUCACUGGCUUUGCAGAAACUCUUCUUUUAGGUAAUCAAAUUAAUGCCCCCAGGGGCAAAAUAGAGGUGUUGGUUGUGUUGGCCAUUUAUGCAAGAGGCCAUUGUUCUGUUACUGUUUAGAACAAAGACAUAUUUUCUUCAGUCAGUUGUGUGUGCUUAUGUCUCUCACAUAUCAUUUCAAAUAAAGUGUUAAUGAACACCUAAAACUUG